AUGGCACCUUAUCGUCCCUACGAGUCCAAACUGGGCAUUGUCACCGGGGGAUCUCGAGGCAUCGGAGAGGCCGUGGUUCGGCGGCUGGCCGCCAAGGGCUGCAAUGUGCUGGUGGUCUACACGUCGGACGCAUCGACCGGCCCGACAGAUGCGCUGAUCGCUGAGCUGACGGCUGCGCAUGCCGUCCACAUGGCCGCCGUGCAGGCUGACCUCCAGAAGCCGUUUUGUGUCGACAUCCUGAUCAACAACGCCGGCGUCGCGUCCAACGAGCGGCUCGGCACCAUCGCCGCCGCCGAGUUCGAGCGUGUCUAUGCCGUCAACGUGCUGGCGCCGCUGCUGCUGACCCAGGCCGUGGCGCCACACCUGCCACAUGACCGGUCCGGCCGCAUCGUGUCCGUCUCGAGCGUCUCGUCCUCCAUUGGCUACCAGAGCCAGUCGGUCUACGCCGGCGGCAAGGCCGCGCUCGAGGCCAUGACGCGCGUCUGGAGCCGCGAGCUGGCUGAGCGUACUACCGUCAACGCCGUCAAUCCGGGCCCGGCCUGGAGUGACAUGUACGAGCGCGUCGGGCCCGCCUUCUGGGACAUCAACCAGCCAUACGUCGACGCCGCCCCGCUGGCCGCCUACCACGGCCAGCCCGCCGUGCUCGCCAUGGCUGGCUCUGACGCUCACCGCUUUGAUGCCCUCGUGCGCACGGCCAUGAACGGCCGCCGCCCCGGCUUCACCGCCGAGAUCGCCGGUACCAUCGACAUGCUCUGCUCCGAAGAGUCCGGCUGGACCACCGGCAGCGUUAUCUGUGCCAACGGCGGCAUGAAAAUGUCCAUUGCCUAG